AUGUCACUUCUCAACAUGCGGACCACCUGUUUUAUGGCCGUGAUCUUGUAUCUCACAACUGGUGCAUCUCGUUGUCAAACACCAAUUCCCAAUGUUCACGGAGGGGUAGGUGCAGUUCUGGGGGUGUCCAACACCAGCGUCCUCCUGCAAGACCCCAUCUCUGAGACACUCUACCUGGGAGCCAGAGGCUCCAUCCUGGCCCUGCACACCUCCAACCUCACCUGGAAACACCCAUCAAUUAAGUGGGAGGCAACAGAAGAGGAGAGGAAGUCCUGUAUGGGUAAAGGCAAGAGAGAGGAUGACUGUUAUAACUACAUCUGUCUGCUGGAGGUUCUGAAGGAUGGAAGGAUCUACGUCUGUGGCUCCUACGCCUACGAUCCCCAGUGUGCUUUCAUAGACCCAGUGACAUUUGCACUAGUAAAGGAAGAAGGUGACAAAGUGAAGAUGGAGAAUGGGAAGGGGAAAUGUCCUUAUGAUCCCAGACAACCUCACACUGCUGUUACUGCAGAUGGAGUGCUGUACACCGCCUCCCCUUCUAACUUCCGGGGCACAGAGUUUGACAUCACCAGGGCAACAGGUCAACAGGUGCGCGUGCCUCCGUCCAUCAACUGGCUCAGUGAUCCAGAGUUUGUGAGUUCGGCCCUGGUCAGGGAGAGUCCUGGAGACGAUGAUAAAAUCUACUUCUUCUUCACGGAGAACGCCAGAGAGUACGACCUUUAUACCAAGGUCAGGGUCACACGGGUGGCCAGAGUCUGCAAGGGAGACAUGGGGGGCUCUAAGACCCUGCAGAAGCACUGGACCAGUUUCCUGAAGGCUCAGCUGGUGUGUCAGGACCGGGACAGUGGCCAGCGCUACACCGUCCUGACCCACACCUACCCCCUGGAACACCGCCUGGGAGACCCCAGCAGCACACACUUCUACACCCUCUUCACCUCCCAGGGGAAAGGAGAGCGCGUGUCAGCAGUGUGUGUGUACAGCCUGGCUGACAUCACCAAGGUGUUUGCAACGGGAGGCUUCAGCGAUAUGAAGAGGAACUGUGUGAACAGUGGGAGCUCUGAGUCUGUACCCGACCCCCGACCUGGACAGUGUAUCAACGAUGUCCUGAGAGCCCAGGGUUAUAACUCCUCCUUCGACAUGCCCGACCGCGUGCUGCAGUUUGUCAAGGAACACCCUCUGUUGACAGACACUGUGGACGUAGCGCCCCUUCUGGUGAGGAGGGGAACCAUAUACACCAGGAUCACAGCCACCAACAUCUCCAACAGUGAUGCUGCCCUACUACAUCUGGGAACAGAUCAGGGAGAGUUACACAGUGUGUCUAUUGUUGGUCGUACUGCUACUCUGCUGCAGGAGAUCCCUCUGACAACCUCAGUAGAGCCCGUCAACAACAUCCUCAUACACCAGGGCCAUGUGGUGGUAGGCUCACCCUCCUCUCUAUCCCGUGUGCCAGUAGAGGGGUGCAGGGUGUACUCCAGCUGUCAGGUGUGUGCCCGGGCAGCAGGACUGGGUUGUGUGUGGGACGUCAACAAGAGAGCCUGUGUUGCGGACUCUCCAGUGCAGAGGAAGUCAGAGGACCCUUUGAAUGUGUGUGGCACUGGAGAGGGUCAUUGUUCCCCUGUGGUGAAAGAGCUGCGUGUGAAGAAGGGCCUGGUGGUCCUCCUCCCCUGUGACCACCCCCAUCUCUCCCCUCUCCCCUGCGUCUGGGAGCACCCCCAGGGCCGCCACACCCAGCAGCACCACUCCCACCUGGAAGUCACCGUCUCUGGAUCCAGCCUGGGCCUCUACUCCUGCCGCUGCUCAGCCCAGGGUGAUUAUUCCUGGCGUAGCGAACCCUGCCUCACAGCCUCCUACCAGCUCACCAUGGAGGACCUCAGUGUCGAAGGCAGGGUGGACCCGGGGCUGUGGAGAUCACCGGUAUGGGUGUGCAUCUCCUGUGUCCUGCUGGGGGUGCUGGUUGGAGCUUUAGGAGCCACUGUGUUCCUGAAGAGGCUGUGCUGGAGAGCAGCCCAGCACACCCCAUUAGAGGACAGAAAUGGGAGAGGAGUCAAUCAUAGACAGCAGGGGCAGGGUCCCACCUGCUAUGAGAAUAAGCUGGUGAUGAGUGACACGCCGGUCGGCCAAUCGGGAGAGUGCGUUUUGUGAAGCGAUGUCCAGAAUUGACUUAAUUGAAGGAAGUGGUUUGCCAGGUACCGCUUACAGACUGCUCUCUCUGACACUUUCUUUCUUUCUGUGUCUCUGUCUCUCUCUCUGUGUCUCUUCCCGUGUCUCUCUCUCUCUGUGUUUCUCUCUGACUCUCUCUCUCUCUGUAUCUCUAUGUGUCUCUGUGUUGCUCUCUACGUGUCUCUCUGUCUCUCUCUGUGUCUCUCUCUCUCUGUGUCUCUCUCUCUCUGUCUCUAUCUCUCUGCUUCUCUGUAACCAGGUUUCCAUCCAACCUUUUUACGCGAGUAAAACAUGUCACGACAGGCCUGAUGGAAACAGCACAUUUUUGGGUCAACUUUCCAAAUGUCGACAAAACAAAAUACAAGGUGGGAUGGUUUUGUGUUGGUAAAAUGAAUUAUGUGAGAAAUGGCGGUGGAAACACCGCCUUUAUAGACAAAUAUUGAUAUAAUAACCAUCAUAUCGAUGCGAUGACAUGUUGUGUGGUCCUCCCACUCCAACUGGGGAAAGCAUGCAGUUUAUUAGGCUACAGAUGAAAUGGAGCCAUUCCCACAAUGCACUGUAAAUUAGUAACAUGCUGUUGAGUUGUUAUACAUUUUCUGAAGUCUGGACAUGUCUACUGUCCUUCUUACUGAACAUCCCCCUCCUCCCAAGUCAAUACCACCCUCAUCCACCCUGUCUUCUUAAAUGCCAAAUACAAUACGUCAUAUUGAGACAGUGGCUUCAACAUAUGUAAAAAUACUUAAUGAAUGUCCCUAAUGUGGGUUUGAGUGAGGUGUCUCCUCUCUCACUACUAGCUAUUAUAUCAUUCAGUGUUGUUUUAAAUGUCAGAGCCUUGUCUGCUACACGUUCCUGCACCAUUACAAGGUUUUCUGUCUGCUUGGUCUUUAUAACAAUCGAUCUGACAAUAGCUACAGCUAACCACUCAGUUGCUGAAUAUCCCAUAACACGUAAAUAUACCUGGCUCUGUCCAUACUGGUCUUUUUUCUGUCCCUUUGAAUAAACCUCAACCACAACAUUUGUCACGACUUCGACCGAGGCAGGCUCUCUUUCCCGUUCGGGUGGCGUUCGGCGGUCGUCGUCACCGGCCUAUUAGCUGCCACUGAUCCUUUUCUCCCCCUCCCUAUGUGUUUAUUGGGUGCACCUGUUUUGUAUGAGGGGUAAUUAAUUGGGCUUAUUUAAUCAGCCGGCAUUCACGUUUCUUUGUGCGGGAUUGUUUGUAUGUAAGUUGGUGUCGGUUUUGUGCUUCAUGCUUCUGGACAUUAUUCAUCCCCCACGUGUCUGGGGUAGUUUAUUAGUGUACACCCAGUGUGUUAGUAGGGUGGCCUAGUUUUGUCCGUGUUCUAUUAAAGAGCAUUUGUUUUGCAAUUGCUGCUCCUGCGCUUUUUUCUUCACACUCCGACACCCAGGCCUUACAACAUUACAUAAUACUGUCAUGUGUUCAAUAGUAUCUCUAACAAUUUCUGUCUUGAGAUCAUGUAAAUUCUGCCAUGAGAUAAUGUAAAUUAUACCAUGAGAUCAUUUGAAUUAUACCUUGAGGUUUUAGGCUAUUGUUCCAGCCCAGCACUAAAAUACAUCAUACAACUAGUUAAAGCCACUGUCUGCAAGGUGUUUAGUAAUUUCACAUACUGAAAUAUACCCCUUAAUUGUGAAUAACAUGACUCGUUUUGAAUACCUUUAUGUAAUUGUCUUACUUUAUUAUAGCCCCCAUAAAUGUAGUACAUUUUUCUACAAUUGUGCUUGUUGUUAUGUAAUCUGAGACUUAUUUAGAGCCUCAUAUCAAUGUCAUGGGAUGUCAUUCCUUUACCACCACAGGUAUAGCAUAGAAAUCAAGUGGUCGUUCUGAUAUUUCACCAUUUCUUUAUUUUUCCUUUGGAUGAUGUGCAUAUUGUUUUCUAGGUAUUAUUACUGCACGUUUGGAGCUAGAAACACAAGCAUUUCACCGCACCUGCGAUAACAUAUGGAAAUCUGUGUACACGACCAAUACAUUUUGAUUUGAUGUGCUAGUUUUAUGUGAAAAUCUCGUAGCAUGCAUUUGUUUCAUUGUUUGCAUUGUUAUUGGUGGCCCAUUCAAUCAUAGAUGGUAUACAACAUAGUUACAGUAAAUAUUGUUACUGUAAAUACUACAGUAAAUAUAGUUACUGUAAAUGCUACAGUAUAUAUUGUUACAGUAAAUGCUAGUGUAAAUAUAGUAACAGUAAAUAUAGUUACAGGUAAUGCUAUAGUAAAUAUAGUUACAGUAAAUGCUACAGUACAUAUAGUUACA